AUGCCGAAUUUUACCUCUACAUCUGAAUUCUUGCUCCUGGAAUUUUCAAACAUCCGAGAACUACAGAUCUUACAUUUCUUUGUCUUCUUAGCAGUAUAUGUGACUGCAGUGACUGGUAAUCUUCUCAUCAUCAUUGCUGUAGUGCUCGAUCAUCAUCUGCACACCCCCAUGUACUUCUUCCUCAUGAACUUGGCUGUCCUGGACCUGGGCUCAGUUUCUGUCAUGGUACCCAAAGCGAUGGCCAAUUCCCUCCUGAACACCAGGUCCAUUUCUUAUUCAGGAUGUGUGGCUCAAGUAUUUUUCUACUUCGUAUUCUCAGGGUCAAAUUUUGCCACCCUAACAGUAAUGGCACAUGAUCGGUAUGUUGCUAUCUGCUGUCCAUUGCAAUAUGAGGCAACCAUGCAUAAAGCAGCCUGCAUUCGGAUGGCAGCCAGUGCAUGGAUUGCCAGUAUACUUAAUGCCACUUUGCACACUGGUAGCACUUUUGCCAUCACCUUCUGCUCCAAUAUAAUCAAUCAGUUCUUCUGUGAAGUUCCACAGAUAGUAAAGCUUUCCUGCUCAAACUUAUAUCUAAUUGAAAUUGGAAUUCUUCUGUUUAGCUGCAUCUUAAUUGGAGGAUGUUUUACCUACAUCAUUAUAACUUACAUUCAGAUUUUUGCAACAGUACUCAGGAUGCCUUCAGUGCAGGGUCGGAAAAAAGCCCUCUCCACUUGCCUUCCCCACCUCAUUGUGGUGUGUCUGCUUGUUUUCACUGGAAUGUUUGCUUACUUAAGGCCUCCUGAUAACACAUCAUCUGAUCUCAGUAUCCUUUUUGCAGUGAUCUAUGUUAUGUUACCUCCAUUGCUGAAUCCCUUCAUUUAUAGCAUGAGAAACAAAGACAUCAAGAUUGCAUUGCUAAAGCUGACCAAAAUCUCUCAUCCAAGUCUUCAUGUUUGGUUUUAUCGUUUCAUCUUUCCCUUCUUCCUUUAA